GUCGCGACGAUUUCUGUUGAUCAAGGGGGUCUCCGCGCAUCCGCCAUCCAGCCCGCGAUUGGGGCUUCGCUGCCGAGCGAAAAUUUCAUCCAUCAGUUUAUCCAGUGAGCUCGUGCUGAAAGGUAGUUCGCAGUCGGUUAAGUGAAACAAUCCAAAAAUCCAAAAUGCCAUUCAAGAGCAUCAAGGCCCGUCAGAUCUUCGAUUCCCGCGGUAACCCAACCGUCGAGGUCGAUCUGGUCACCGACUUGGGACUGUUUCGUGCCGCCGUCCCAUCAGGAGCCUCCACCGGUGUCCAUGAGGCGCUGGAGAUGCGUGAUGGCGUCAAGGGUGACUGGCUGGGCAAGGGUGUCCUGAAGGCCGUGGAGAACAUCAACAAAACCAUCGCUCCGGCUGUGCUGAACUCCGGCUUGUGUGUUACCCAACAGAAGGAGAUCGAUGAGUUGAUGCUGAAGUUGGACGGUACCGAGAACAAGUCGAAGCUGGGUGCCAACGCCAUUCUCGGUGUUUCGUUGGCCGUUUGCAAGGCCGGUGCCGCCAAGAAAGCCGUCCCACUGUACAAGCACAUCGCUGAGUUGGCCGGAAAUGAUAACAUCAUUCUGCCAGUGCCUGCAUUUAAUGUCAUCAACGGUGGCAGCCACGCCGGCAACAAGUUGGCCAUGCAGGAGUUCAUGAUUCUGCCAACCGGCGCUUCAUCCUUCACUGAAGCCAUGAAGAUCGGCUCGGAGGUAUACCACAACCUGAAGAGCGUCAUCAAAGCCAAGUUUGGAUUGGAUGCCACCGCUGUCGGAGAUGAGGGUGGUUUCGCUCCCAAUAUUCUGGAAAACAAGGAAGCCCUGAACCUGAUCCAGGACGCUAUUGCGAAGGCUGGCUACACCGGUAAGGUUGAGAUUGGCAUGGAUGUCGCUGCUUCUGAAUUCCACAAAGAUGGCAAGUACGAUCUGGACUUCAAGAACCCCAACUCGGACAAGAGCGCUUGGCUGGCUCCGGAUGCCCUGCAGGAACUGUACCAAUCAUUCAUCAAUGGUUUCCCAAUCAUCAGUAUUGAAGAUCCCUUCGAUCAGGAUCAUUGGGAUGCGUGGGCAAAGAUGACCGCCAGCACUAAGAUUCAAAUCGUCGGUGACGAUCUGACUGUGACCAACCCGAAGCGUAUUGCCACCGCCGUCGAGAAGAAGGCUUGCAACUGUCUGCUGCUGAAGGUCAACCAAAUCGGUACCGUUACCGAGUCCAUCAACGCUCACUUGCUGGCCAAGAAGAACGGCUGGGGAACCAUGGUAUCGCAUCGUUCUGGUGAGACCGAGGACACCUUCAUUGCUGAUCUGGUUGUUGGUCUGAGCACUGGACAAAUCAAGACGGGUGCCCCGUGCCGAUCGGAGCGUCUGGCCAAGUACAACCAAAUUCUGCGCAUCGAGGAAGAGCUUGGCGCCGAUGCCAAGUAUGCCGGUAAGAACUUCCGCCACCCGCAGUAAGAAACCCGAUAAUAAAAGUUGAACAAACUUAGCACAUACCAUUCGCGCGCGUAGUUUGUAGUCUGUCACUCUCUAACUGUCAUAAAUAUGUAAAAGUUAUAAAAAAAAAUAAACACUAAAAAUCGACCUACCUUAUAGUAGACAUUACCGCCUAACAAAUAUCAAAUGAUAGUGUGUACUGUAUUAUGCUCCGCACGCGUUCUCGGAAGCUUUCGUAAUUGGGUUUUUAGCGAAAAUCCAGGUAUUCUGUCAAGAAACAACACACCCCAAGUACCUCCGUUUUUUGAUAAUGCUCGAGAAGCAUCUAUGGGAGAAUUUUGUCUAAAUUCAUUAUGAUCGUUACUGUUAAAUUGAACGAAUGAUACUGAAUAGAAGUAAGAAUGAAAUACAUGAUUAUUGAUAAAUACACAA